AGCAGGGGGAUUCCCCGAGGGAAGUUCCCAACUCAAACUGGGGCUAUGUAAAACAUACAGCGCCAUAUCCUCUCCAGCGCGUCGUAACUUUGCAUCUGAAGAUUAGGGCGACGAUGCUGCGGUGGUGUCAAAACAACAAAUACGACUUAAAUAAUAGGGGACUCAAGUGAAGGGCUCAUGCCUGCCGUGACAGUGAUGACAAGGCAUGGACAGGAAUAUUGGAGACCAGCUAAACAAAGCUUUUGAAGCUUAUCGCCAGGUCUCCAUCGAAAAGGACAAUGCUCAAAAGGAGUUGCAAAAAAUGAAGGAACAUUAUGAGCAGUACACUCAAGAACUUAUAAAGCAGAUAGAAGACCAGCAACGUUUGAUUUCUGAUCUUGAAACUGAGUUGUCGGCAACAAGGCAACCCUCAGGAGAGAUGAAAUGUGAGCCUCGCAACCAUCUUCUCAAAGCGGCUGCCUCUAGUAGGAAGACACAGUACCGGGGGAAUGUGGCCACCGUUGCUGGUGCCUCAAAUUUGACAGUCAACAGCAGCUCUGACUAUCAGGACAUGUUGGCGGCAUUUGAAGCAAUUCAGGGCAAAUUCCGACAGAUCCAGACCCUGACUACAAAACAGAAACAUCAUCUGAAAAGGUUCCACGGAAGUUACGACAACUCAAACGACCAGCGCUUCUCCAUGCCGAUCCAGUGCACGGAUGGAACCGUAGAAGCAGAGAGGCCCUUUCCUACACCUCUGAGGUUAACUGCGGAUGUCCCUCACCUGCCUGCACCCUUGGCUUCUCGUGGCACCAGCCAGGAGGACAGAGACUUGGUAGACUCUCUCACCAAACUCAGUGUCAAAUUCCCGCCCCCCACGGACAGUGAAUACGACUUCCUGAACAGUGCUCCGGAGAGGAACAUCGGCCUGCCAGUGGCUCGAAAGCCGCCCCUCGGCUCCUCCACGCUGCCAGAGGAGGAGCCCGUGGAACUGCCCUUGCCUUUUAUCUAUCCCACGUCCCCCUCCCACUCGUCAUCCUCCUCGCCCUCCCAUGAGAGCGUGCGGGGACCCGAGCAGCCCCUGUGGACCCCCGAGCUGUGUGACGCCGUUGACAUGGGAGCCAACCAGGAGCCUCUGAGCAGCUGUCCCGUUGAAUGCGCAUUCUGUCCCGAUUUAGUUCCCCAGAACCUCAUGACAAGCCAUCUUUACUUGCACUUCUUGCCAAAGAAGGAAGCAGAGAAUUGACAGCAGACUGACAGGCAAAGGUCUGAACUUACUUCAAGAACUUUUGACUGUUUUUAUGGUCUUUGCAGGCGUGAGUCUGCUUGCCAUGAACUCCAAAGCGCUGUACAGGAUUUGAAAAUUACACUGCUAUAAGACUUGAAUUCAUUUAUUUAAUACUGAAGAAUUUAAUGGUACACUUUCUUGUCCAUACUGAUUUUCUAAUAUCACACUGAGAAUUUACAGUGACGCAUAUGGUAUAUAUGAGGAAAUAAACAAUAUAUUUACUCUUGAUUGUUGUUAUACUUUGACUUGUUUUCAACAUCCAGAUGUGAAAUUUGAUUAUAUAACAUAUGUUCAACAUAUAGUAACUUACAGAAUGUCAUGCUAAAGAACCACUAACUGUCAACAACUUGCAAUAAUUUUCUUCUUUUUCAUUUUGGAUCAUGUGCUUUGUUUCAGAAAUAUUUUAGAGUACACAACAAAUCACAUGAUUAUCUCGACCAGUUAAGCUUUUCCUGGAUGGUUUUAUCCCAUCCUACUCAAUCCUGAUAAACGAUUAAUUUUUAUCAGUAAUGAGAAAUCUUUGAGAUCAGUUUAAACUAUUUCAUACCACGUCUUCAUGAAGUGGCAGCUCAAACCAAUUUUGCAUUUUUACAUUUUCAGCUGUAUUUUGUAUGGAAGUAUUUAUUCCCUUUAACAUGUUUUUUUUCUGUAUUCCUACUCUGUUGUUAUACUUACAUGUUUCACAUUAACAAUCAGAUUUUAAAGUGAUACAACAAUAACCUGACUAAGUAACGAUUGGUAGUUUUCCAAUGAUGGUUCUACUUGUUAAAUUAAAUUUUUGGAAAACUGA